GUGGCUGACAGGUGACAGCCGACAGCUAAACUACAUAGUAUUUAUUUAUCUAUGCUAAAAUCUUAAAAUUGAACUAAAUUGCAAAACGAUCUAUUUAUAACGUUUUUUAAUAAAAGAAAUCUUAAUUAAAUAUAUAGUCAUAGUAUAUUGAACAAAGUUUUUACAUUAAACGGUCAGAAUUUGUUUAUAUUAUACCAAUUUAAUAUUAUCAAAUAUGUUACGAAAUAAAAUAUUUUAUCGGGUGUGCAUAAAUUCAACAAUGUUUAAAACAAAUUUACGAUCUUUAAUUGCAUCUCGAAAGUUUAGUUCAGGUAAUAAUAAACAAGUUAACGGCGCUUACGACGUCAUUAUCGCCGGUGGAGGCAUGGUUGGUUGCACUUUAGCAUGUGCAUUAGGUAAGAGAGCCUUACUGUCAAAUUUAAAAGUCUUACUGCUUGAAGGCAAUCCGAGUUCUGAAUUCAGAGUAAAACCAGAAUAUAGCAAUAGAGUUGUUGCUCUUAACCAGAAUACAAAAUCAUUAAUGAAUUCAUUGGAAGUAUGGGAGCACGUAGAAAAAAUGCGUCUUCAGCCGGUCAGGUAUAUGCAGGUUUGGGAUGCCUGUUCAGAUGCUUUAAUAUCAUUCAGUAGUUCUGAUCUUCAAGAUGAUGAUGUUGCCUACAUAGUUGAAAAUGAUGUUUUGCUGUGCGCAAUUGAUAAAGAACUGAAAAGUUCUAAUAUUAAGAAUGUUGAUAUAGUUUAUGGAGCAAAAAUUUCCGGAUAUGAUCUACCAAAAAUAAAUGACACAAAAAUGGAAAGCACAGUUAAAAUGAGUAAUGGGGAUACCUAUAAGUGCCAGUUACUGAUCGGCGCUGACGGCGCAAACUCGGCCGUUCGCAAAGCAAUGGGCGUGCAAUAUCUGUCGUGGAACUACGACCAGAUGGGUGUUGUCGCUACGUUGCACUUGUCUGAGGCGACGGAGAACACAACAGCGUGGCAGCGCUUCCUGCCAACAGGUCCCGUUGCCCUGUUGCCACUUGACUCGACGAGAAGUUCCUUAGUCUGGUCGACGACACACUCUCACGCUAAAGAACUACUCAAAUUGCCAGAGGAACAAUUCGUCGACGCACUUAAUGACGCUUUGUGGAAACAAUACCCGCGGCGCAGCGUAGUGGACACGUGCACGUCGUGGGUGGGCUCGUGCCUGCGGCGCGCGGGGCUGGCCGACGGCGCCGAGCGCCAGCUGCCGCCCUCCAUACGAGCUGUAGCACCUUCCUCUCGGGCGGCUUUCCCACUCGCCUUCGGUCACAGCACGCGCUAUAUCGCACCAGGCAUCGCGCUUGUCGGAGAUGCCGCCCACCGGGUCCAUCCGUUGGCUGGACAAGGCGUUAACCUUGGCUUUGGGGAUGUAAAGGACUUGACCGACUUCUUCGCUGAUGCGAUAUACACCGGCUUAGAUAUCACGCACCAUACCUGGUUAGAAAAAUAUGAGAGUUCUCGACAGAGGCACAAUGUGCCCACACAGUUGGCCAUCGACGCUUUGUACCGCCUUUAUAGUCUGGACAUAGCUCCGUUGGUCUUAGCGAGGAGUGUGGGUUUACAACUAACCAAUGCACUGUAUCCGGUCAAAAAAAUGAUCAUGUCUCAAGCGACAACGUAACAACAGGCUUUAGCACUAUUUUUAUUACAAAGUAAGUUUUUGAAAGGAUAUUCUAAGAAUUAAUGUUUUAGGGAAGGAAACUUUUCAUUUUGUUGAUUUCUUUAUUUUCUUUUAUGCUCACAUAAGAAAUAUUCUGACAUGGUUUAAGUAUGAUGACAGUUAUUGCAAUCUAGUCAUGUUUACUUUGUGUUUGCACCUCAUUAUGUAAUAUGGUAUGGCUCAGAAGGGCUAGAACCCAGAGCCGUAAAGCCAGUUUAUAAAAAAAAUGUAAUAUGGUACCUUAAUGUAAUACGGGCCUUAUAGUAAAAGAUUAUAUACACUAAGCUAAACAGGUAUAAUCUCAUAAUAAAACAAUUUAUUAACGAAAACUGUGCAUAUUUUUUGAUGUACCAAUUUUUUAUGAUUUUAUAUUAAGUGGUCUAAAAAGUUUGGCAUUCGACUACUAUUGCGCUUUAUAUUAUACCAUUGCUGUCUUCCGUUGGUAUUAUAUUGAUUUUUCUGUUUUGUUCAAAAAAUUUUGAAUACCCAAAUUUUUCAAUUAAAAGAAAUGUUUGUCAGAGUUUCAAUUAAAAGAAAUGUUUGUUAGAAAACAAAAACAAAACUUGAAAAUGUUAAAAUAAACCCUCCGACUAACAGAGAAAGGUAGCGCUGCAUACUAUUUAGGUGAUGCCGAAACCUUGCUCGAUUUCUUGACACAUACAUCCUUCUUUCUUUCUUUAUUAACCUAUAAAAUAACACUCCCGGACGCACAUAACCUAAAACCAUGUUGUUUGCAAAUCAUUUUAUAAUAUGCAUAUAAAUGAUUGCGUGUUAAUAUAAGUUGAGCACAGUUGUGGCUUAUUUUUUGCGUCACUUAAAAUGUAUGCAGUGCUGAUUUGAGAAUAAACCAUCUCAUUUUAAAUUUGCAAAAUAAUGUUAAUAAUUAAAAAAUUUAAAUUUUAUACAGCCGACUUCAAUAUAAAUUAUUAAGAAUAACUCAAAAACUAUUGGUCUGACCUUGAUCAAAUUCACAUAUGGGACCACACGAGAAGUACCAGCUUUAAAAUAAAAAAAUAAUCAUCGAAAUCGGUUCACCCAGUAAAAAGAUAUGAGGUAACACACAUAAGAAAACAUAGUCGAAUUGAGUACAGUUUCCUUUUUGAAGUUGGCAGAAAAACAGAAUGUAGUAGUACUAUGUGAUAUAGAAGGCUACUCUUCGACGCAACUGUAACCGCAAGGUGAAAGUUCGUUAUACACAAUGUAAGUAAAUUAGCUUUAAAACUGUAAUAAACUGUAUUACAAGCUAUAUUAUGUACUAUAUCUAAUAUUGCUGCAUUACAAACUACAUUAUGUACUAUAUGUAAUAUUGUUACCCAUUCAGAAUUUCAGCUAUCAUAUUUUAAUAAAUAUUGAAGAAACAACUGUGCGUGCAAUAAAUUUUACU